AUUGGGGUCUCCGCCUGAAACGUCGACUGCACCUCUUCCUACAGAUGCUGCUUGGCCUGCUGCGUUCACCAGCAACUUUGAUGUAUGUUGCUUGAAUUUCCAGCAUCUGCAGAAUUCCUGUUGUUUGCGUUUAAUCUCAUUGAAUGUUGCUUUGAUCCCAGCAUCUGCAGAUUAUUUUGUGUUUACAAUCUCAUUACCCCGUAUUCAUGUAGGUUAGUCAAAGUUACAUUGAAAUAUACCAAUUUAUUACAAAAAAAGGUCUAACCCCCACCAAGACCGAAGCUGUUUAUUAAGGAGAAAAAAAGGUAAAAUACCUUCUCGUAUAAUAAAAAUUAAUAAUAGCUAACAUCUAAAUUUAAGCAACGAAUUGAGGGCUUUGUUUCUUGUCAAUGGUACAAAAGCGAAACAGUUAAUUGCGGGUGCAAGAUGUCGCUAACUAUGGGCGCUCGCCUUGUGUGCAUUUGGUUCCAGCAACCGUGGGGUUAAUUUUGCCUUCUGGUGUUUCAGCUCGGAGUGUUUAAAUGGUUUAAAGCAAACACAUUGAAAUGCAAACAAGGACAAUCCACGGGACUCAAACUCCUUUCGUUGCUUGUUCUCCCCUCCCCAGGAUGUGAGCAGGGUUAAUAAUAUCUCUUGCCAACCCCCCACUAACUCGGUGCCAUCAACUGUGAUUGACAUUUACCAGUGGAGGGGGGUGUUCCAACGAGCGCCAGCCAAUCGGCUGCAGCCGACGGGUGGGGACUCCCUCCUUUUACGUGCGUCAUAAAUGUGACGCAAGACGGGGGCGGGACGGAGAACGGGUGCGAAUCUAUAAGAAGGGCGGUCGGGGCAGUAUCUGCUGUUCAGUUUCCGCCAGUCCCGGGUUGCGGUGGAUAGGGCAGGGCUUUUAAUGGCAAAGAAUUAAUUCAGGACAAUCCUUCGAUACUGUGCCCUGUGGAUUGUUACCAUCAUGGCUAUGACUGAAACACCAAGCGAUUUCACUUAUUCCAAAAUGCGAGGCAUCGUUGUCUUCCUGUCUGCUUUCAUAAAACAACGAAAGAUAGGCUUGAAUGACUUCAUACAGAAAUUGGUGUCCAACCCUCAGAUCUGCCAGCACCCUGAUGUCCGUGCUUUCUUACAAAUUGACCAAAACCAGCCACAGGAAACAGAUGCCUAUUCUGAUUCAUCUAUUGGAUCAGAUGAAUUUGACCUUACACCAUCAAAUAGUGUGAAGCCAUCAGACUUUGAUUACCUUCGAAUAAUCGGCAAAGGGAGUUUUGGAAAGGUGCUGCUUGCCAAGCACAAAGAAACCGAAAAAUAUUUUGCAGUGAAGGUCCUGCAGAAGAAGAUGGUCCUGAAGAAGAAAGAGCAAAAACACAUAAUGGCAGAGCGCAGUGUGCUCCUGAAGAACGUGAAGCACCCGUUCCUAGUGGGACUCCAUUACUCCUUCCAAACUGCUGACAAGCUCUACUUUGUCCUCGACUACGUGAAUGGUGGUGAACUGUUCUACCACCUUCAGCGGGAACAUGUGUUCCUAGAGCCUCGAGCCAGGUUCUACGUUGCUGAGAUCGCCAGUGCCCUGGGUUACCUGCACGCCCUGAACAUUGUUUACAGAGACCUGAAGCCUGAAAACAUCCUGCUGGAUUCUCAAGGCCACAUUGUCCUCACAGACUUUGGGCUGUGCAAAGAAGGAGUGGAACCUGAUGGAACUACCUCCACGUUCUGUGGCACCCCAGAGUAUUUGGCUCCUGAGGUGUUACAGAAGCAAGCUUAUGACCGAACAGUUGACUGGUGGUGCCUGGGAUCUGUGUUGUAUGAAAUGCUAUAUGGAUUGCCCCCAUUUUACAGUCGGAACAUGGCUGAGAUGUACAACAACAUCCUGCACAAAGCCCUGGUCCUAAAACCCAACGUGUCGAACUCUGCCCAGGAUCUCCUCCAAGGUCUGCUGCAAAAGGACAAAGCACAGCGACUGGGGGCCAAGAAUGACUUUUUGGAGCUGAAGUUCCAUUCGUUCUUCUCAACAAUUAACUGGGAUGAUCUCAUGGCCAGGAAAAUAACUCCUCCGUUUGUCCCUGCAGUGUCCGGACCCACCGACCUGCAACACUUUGACCCUGAAUUUACACAGCAGCCAGUUCCGAACUCUGUGGCAAACUCCCCUGAAGAUGUUCCGAUUACCGCCAGCAUGCGAGAGGCUGCCGAGGCGUUUCUUGGUUUCUCCUAUGUGCCUCCUGUAGAUACCUAUCUAUAAUGCCAAGAAGUUUGGCACUUUAAGAAAAUAUGACGAGUGGCUGAGGUUCAAACCUGCACACUGUGCACCUUAUUCUUCAUGCACAAGUUGCCCCCCCCCCCCACCUGCCCCCUCAUCUCUCUUCUAGGGACACAUUCCUCUGGAUGUUGUGUGAAGCACCUAACAGUCAAGAUCAAUGCCAAAUGUCAAUUUUUAAUUUUCCUUCAGCUUUUUUGCUUUGCAGUAAAGUCUUGAGACAGACUUUCCAAUCGUUAGGCAACCAAAAUGCCUUCAGAGCCAGCCCUUGAGACAGGGAGCCGUCUUGGGCACUCCUCGCAAUCUGUACCACUACCACGACUCCAGUUUCUAAUGAGAAAGCCAGCUCAUAUACAAGUGGCUGAGGGGAAAUGUUGUGAUCUAUGGCAUGCAAAGCGACUGACGCUGCUACUUGUUGGGAGCGGCUGCAAGAUAUCAACUCUUCCAUUACCUGAAAUUGCCAAGAUGCCACAUUCCACGAAGGAUCUGAACUAUGAUCUUAAUGGUCGUGCAGUUGGGACCAUUGGGAACAUUAACCUCUUAACAGCAGAAGUAAUGCUUUUGUGAACAUUGAGCUGCUUUAGCAGAGUAUGGACUGAAGAUAUUUUGUUUCUGUUCUAACUUGAGCUUUUCCCCACUAAUCUUUCAAUGUGAACCCUUAGCCCAUGACUAGUUGUCGUCUCUACUUCAAAAUGAAAUGUACCAGUCCUUCAGCUAAGAGAAUUGUUAUUUAUGAAUCAUUUAAUGUUUGUAUUUGAUAUUUGGAUCCCAGUCUGAUCAGGGGUAUCAACAGCAUGGCUGGAGGAAAAAUACUUGAUCAGAUCAGAGUUGCUGGGUGAGUAGAUUAUUUAUAAAAGCCAUUUGGCUUUUAGGAGGAAGAAAAGACUUGUGGUUGCACAUUUUUACCACAGCCAAAGCUUCUAAGUGGAACAGUGUUACAUUUGGGUGAGGUAGGAAACCCUCCACAUGGUACUGAUUUUAAAAAGUAGGGGGAGAGAGAAGGAAUGAAGUGGUUCCAUCACAAUCCAUUAAAAAAUGAGAUUGCUGGAGAUGAAGUUGAGGAUCUGAGGAGUUACUUUUCCUCAGUGGAAGUGAACCAAUUCCAGGCUAUCUUCAGAUAUGCCAACUACUGUUUAAGCUAUGAGAUAUUCAGUGCACAAUGUUAAUAACUGGAUUGAUAUUUCUUUCACAUUUGGAAGAUAUUUCUGUAUCUACAAACAUUUUAGAUGUUUAAGGGGCAUGGUACAUAUCUUAGAUUUUUGAGAAUUUAUUUUUUUUAAGAUCUCAGUUGUACUGAAUUUGACAAUGUACUGUAUUUGCCACCUGCUGCUUCAGUAAUGUUGCUAGUGUUAAAAACUGGAAGAUGGAUUUGGAAUUAUCGCUAGAAUUUCACUAGUGUGCAGCUACGUUUGUGGCUGCCUGAAUGAUGUCAAGAGUCAUCAGGAAAGGGGAUUUUCACCUACUUAACAUUAAACCUCAGUUAGAAAUGUAGUCAGAGGAUUAAAUGUUUUAAGUAAGCCAGCAACCCUCCCUGCAAUCUCCACAUUAACUGUAGCAUCCAACAGAAGCCUGUUGUCUGGUACUGGAGUGCCAACCAACUGUGUAGAAACCGUAAACCUAUUCAUGCAUCAAAGUUCUUGUUCUAAAUCAGAAAUCAAACUUGAAGCCCAUUUAGAUUCGGUUUUCAUGCAUGGAUUUGUGAAGACUUGCCUGACCUUGUGUUUAGAAAAAAAUACUUAAUACAAAAAUGAAUUGAGUUGUACUAAUAAAAUAAAUCUGUAGUUAUGUUGUGUAUACAUUUGCAGUGCAAGAUCAGACCAUCUGUUGGUGUUAUUGACAUAACUGCAUCCUAUUUCUAAAUCAAGAAAAUGUUGAAUAAAUAAAAAUGCAUAUUUCCACAGUGAGUUUUUGAUAUAAGGUAU